GGCGUCUCGCGCGGCUGUGUCUCCACCUGUUUUUUGUUGCAUACACCACCUUGAGUACCCAACUUCAUGCAUAUGUGAUUAAUAGACUUUGUGUAUGUAUGAACGAAGUAUGAGUGCCAUAUGAUGUGUGUAUGAAUAUUUAUGUGUAUGUGUAAGUGUUAUGCGUGUAGAUGAGUGUUUAUGAGCGUGUGUUACACGUACGCACUGGUAUGACUAUGUUUGACGUGUAUGUGCUGAAUGUAUAUACGAUAUUUUUGAGUGCUUCCGUAUGAAGAACCAGUUCGCAACUGAGCAUUCAGUAGCUCUACUCAGUAGCAUCAAGUAUAUCGAGCCUCUUGAAGUAUCUAUUGCUAUCAUCGUCUGCGUCGUGAAAUAUUCACCUUCGCUGUUGCAUCCACAUUGAUCAAUUUUUUCUGAAUCAUGAUUUUGAAGUUCUAUUACGAUUUACUCUCGCAACCUUCGAGAGCAAUAUAUAUACUUCUCAAAACGUGGAACAUACCGUUCGAAAAAAAGAUUAUAAAUCUGAAGAAUCUCGACCAAUAUACUCCAGAAUUUGAACGAAUUAAUCCGUAUAAGAAAGUCCCUGUUAUAGAGCACAAUGGUUUCAACCUUGCUGAAAGUGUAGGGAUUACGCGAUACAUAUGCCGAGAAUUUAAAGUGGACGAUCAUUGGUAUCCGUCCGAUUCGAAAAAACAAGCGAAGGUUGAUGAAUAUCUCGAGUGGCAGCAUCUCAACACAAGACUUCAUUGUGCAACGUAUUUUUUAGUAAAAUAUCUUAAUCCGCUAAUGCGGGGUAAGCCGCUAAAUUCGGAAAAGGUAGCCGAAUUAGAAAGUCGUAUGAGUAAUUGUCUUGACAUUAUUGAAAAUGUAUGGCUGAAAGAUAAACCGUUUCUGACAGGAAACACGAUUAGCGUGGCUGAUGUAUUCUGUGCUUGUGAAUUGGAACAACCGCGAAUGGCCGGUUACGAUCCGAAAAAAGGGAGACCACGUCUGACUGCCUGGAUGGAGAAAGUUGUCACGGAAACAAGUCCUCACUUUCAAGAGGCUCACAAAUUCUUAAAUCAAAUAGCUGCACAACAGCCCCCCCCAAAGCUUUAAUUUCAAACUUUAAUUAUA